AUGUCAUCGAAGAUCCGAUUUUAUAUGGAACAGUCUGUUCCUGAGCUAGAAGAUCUCAAGAGAAAGGGCCUUUUUUCAGACAAGGAAAUCACCAUGAUAAUGAGAAGAAGAACCGACUUUGAGCACAGAAUACAAGGCCGUGGAGCCAAACCAAGAGACUUUUUGAAGUACGCUGACUUCGAGAUCAACCUUGAAAAACUCAGAAUUAAAAGAUACCUGAGACUCAAAGAAACCAAUCAUGUGGAUACCUCUCCAAGUAUUCUGGAUUGGGCAGGGUUCAGAAAGAUUGUUUUUGUCUUUGACAGAGCAGUGAAGAGAUUUUCCGGAGACUUGGACAUUUGGGCGAAAUAUUUACACUUUGUCAAGGAGAAGGACGCCAUCAAGGUUGUCUACAGGGUAUACGCUAAGCUCUUGCUGUUGCAACCGAGAAACGUGGAUGCCUGGCUCUCGGCUGCGAAAUAUGAGUUCGAGACAAACUGCAACGCAAAGGGUGCAAGAGAGCUAUACCAAAAAGCAUUGAGACUCAAUCCAGAUUCGAGAAUCCUUUGGCUUAGCUAUGCCCAGUUCGAAUUGACAUAUGUUUCAAAGUUGUUAGCGAGACGAAAAGUGUUGGGCUUGUUGACUGAGAAGAAACAAGAGGAGGACUUGAAGUCCCAGGCAGAGGAGCAGAAUAAGCGUAUACGUGAAGCACCUGACGAUGGUGUGGAAGCAAAUGUGGACACCAUUACUCUAGCUGAUGUCGAAGAGGACGAUUUGAAGCUGGAGCUAGCGUCUUUGCCAGAGGCUGAUAUGAACGUCUUGGGGUCGCCGGAAACCAACCCUGUUUUGAAGGGUGACAUUGCAUUGACCGUUUUUGACUUGGCAAUGUCUGAGCUUAUGAAGGAAGUCAGCCAAAAAUUCAAAGUCGACAAGAUUUUCGAGAUUGCCGAAGACUUCCUCAAAGUGUUUGACAGGUUUGAGAACUUGAAUAGAGACUACCUCUACUACCACAUCUUAACCUAUCUACAGACGAACCACAAAGACGAUAUCAGAACGUCAUUCAUUGAUAUUACCCUACCACUUCGAUACGUUACAUUGCUGGAUUCUUCUUUAGCAGAAUCAUUGAAGUUGUCGGUAAACAAGUUCAUAGCGUACAAGCUGAAGAUCAAGGACGACAACCUGAAGCAGGAACUUUCCGACAAAUUCGUUACUUACUUGACAGAGAAGUAUGUCAAUUCAGACGACGAGAGGUCCGAGAAGACAGACGCUCUCUUGAAGGCUAUCAUACAAAAAUGCCGUUAG